ACAGCGAAAAUUGCCUCCUGUCGGUGAGGCGCUGGAUGCGGAAGAAGGUGGUGGUGGUGGGGGGUCAGAGUUGAAUGUUUGACAGAAAGCUGAACAUGGAUUCCAUAUUUCAUGAGAAACAAGAGGGCUCUCUAUGUGCCCAGCACUGCCUGAACAACCUCCUGCAGGGGGAGUACUUCACCCCCGUGGAUCUGUCCUCCAUCGCCCAUCAGCUGGAUGAAGAGGAGCGGAUGAGGAUGGCCGAGGGGGGCAUGGCCAGUGAGGAGUACAGGACGUUUUUACAGCAACCCUCUGUGAACAUGGAUGACAGUGGAUUCUUUUCGAUACAAGUCAUUAGCAACGCUCUCCGGGUGUGGGGCUUGGAGCUAAUUCUCUUCAACAGUCCAGAGUACCGGAGGCUGAUGAUAAACCCAAUAAAUGAGAAAGCCUUCAUUUGCAACUAUAAGGAGCACUGGUUUACUAUUCGCAAACUCGGACAGCAGUGGUUCAACCUGAAUUCACUGCUGACGGGACCCGAGUUGAUAUCGGACACGUAUUUAGCCCUUUUUCUUGCACAGCUGCAACAGGAAGGUUAUUCCAUAUUUGUAAUACGAGGAAAUCUGCCAGAGUGUGAGGCUGAGCAGAUUCUGGGGAUCAUGAGGGUCCAUCAGCAUCAGCGGCCCAGACUCAUCGGGGAGGACGAGGCUCAGACCAGUGUGGGGACGUCAACCUCUCAGAGCCAGACCGACAUGGGUUUCCCGGUGGAGGAUGAGGACGAAGAAUUAAAGAAAGCUCUGGCUCUCAGCAGACAGGAUAUGGAAGUAGAAGAUGAAGAGGCUGAUGUUCGCAGAGCCAUACAGCUCAGCAUGCAAGGAGCCGUGAUGAGCAACAGGUCUUCAGAGUGUGAAGUGGUCGGUGUGAAAACAUCAGGUAGCGCUGAUGGUGGACAAAAAGAAGGCCUGGGCGAGAAGCUUACAGCCGAGGAGCUGAGGAAGAGGAGACAAGCCUACUUUGAUAGGCAGCAGCAACAAGCUCAGCCAAACAUUCCCCAACAGCCAGACACACAUCCCACCGGGGAGUCAGGAUCAGCAAACACCGGCUCCGAGGAAGACCAACAGCAAAAGUCCAGCCAGUGAGGUUGUGGAAAGUUUGUGUUGUUUACCAGCGGCCUGGAUUGGAAACCCCUGACUGGGGUUGUCUUUGCUCCCUCCUCUAACCUUUUGCAUAUGCAAACAUAAGGACGUAAGGACACGGCUUCCUGUGUUAGUUCACUGACCGACCAUAGAGAAGAGAAGAAGGACAAAGAAGAGGCAGCGCUUUGACGUGACUCGCUGCAGCUCUCGUAGAGUGGGGGGAAAAAGGGGGUCACCACUGGGCUCAAGAGGACUCACGAUGCAGUAAAUCCAAGAUUGCAAUUGCCUUUUUUACCAUGGCGCCUUCUUUUCUAUUGUAUCCAGUUUUUUUUUUUUUUAUUCUGGUUCCUUUUGGGGGAAAAUUUUAGGAAGACCUAGAAAGACAAAAAAAAAAAAAAUCUUGCAAUGGUUAUGUGUUGGAGGUUAAAACACCGAGAGGCAUUCUGUGAAAGCCAUAUGAGACCAAUGUUUUGGACACCUAGAAAAGCUUUAUAGGCAGCGACCAAGCCUCCUGCUGUUAGGUUUGGGUUUGUGGAACAAAGAAGUUAUUUGGAGUCCUAAUCCAUGAAAUGAUCCAAGAGUUUCUCACCGCACCAAAGUGUCUUUUGGUCUGAAACACUAAUGUCUGUGGUUCGUUUACUCCUGAUCUCAGUGAUAAUCUUACUCCCAUGGUUUACAGAGUGCAGUUUGAUGUUUUCACUUUAUUCCUUCCUUUAAAUGUACAAGUGGACGAUAAAUGAAUACAGCGCAGGGCUCCGCAUGGGGACAAAGUGAUUCAAAACUUGACAUUCACUUAGUGAUCUAACAAGUAAAGUCAGUUUGUUAUUACUAUGACAACUGUGGGUAAAAGAAAAAUGUGGUCCUAUUACGCUUAAGAUACUUCAGUCCCCAAACUGCUUGUUUAAUUGCAUUAAUUUUACUAUUUAAUGAGUGUAAAGUUAAAACCAGAAGUUUACACACACACCGUUAUUUAUCCUCACUGUCUGACAAUAAAUCAGACAAAACUUUUUAUCUUUUAGGUCAGUUGGGAUUAACAAACUGCUAAAUGCCAGAAUAAUGGGAGGUUUUGGUAGAACUGAACUUUGGGUAUUUUUCCACGCGCUUCUCCCAACAGUUUGCUGGAGGUUUGGCUCAUUCCUCUCGCUAGGACUAAGGUAACUGGGUUUGCUCAUACACCUAGACCUCUACCCACAUUUCUUCUGUGGGACGGGCAUCAGGGUUUUUUGGCUGCUCCAAAAAAAAUUAACUUUGUUGUCCUUACGCCACUUUGUAGCUAGUUGGGUGUCAUGUUUAAGGCUAUUGUCCCAUUUGUGCUUCAGCUUUAAGUGUGUUGCGGAUAGCUUGCAGCCGCCACUCCUAAUGCAAAAACAUCCCCACAGCAUGAUGCUGAUGCUGCCACCCCCUUAUUUAACAGUUGGGCUUAUAUUCACAAAUUUAUAAGCUUUUCCUUUUUUCUCCACAUGUCAAAAUGGCUUUUAUGACCAAAACACUUGAAUUUUGGUUUCAUCGGUUUCGGGACAACAUGUAAUCUGGCUUUGUGUGUAACGACUUCUUCCACGCUGAGUGGCCUUUGAGCCCAUGUUGUCCAGGAGUACUUUAAUGGUGAACUCUCCUAGAAGGUCUUUUGUGGGUUUUUUUCUUGGGUCUAUUCACACAUUUAGCACCAAAACACGCCACUCUCUUGGACAUAGAGCCCUAUAUUCUGCCUGGACAGUAUGAUGGCUGGACAUUCUUGUUUAUACCUGUGUGACCAAAUGAACGCGGCACCUUCAGGCAUCUGGAAAUCGGACCCAAGGUGGAACCAGACUUGUGGAGGUCCACAUCUUGGCUGUUCUCUUUCAUUAUUUUUAAUUUUUUUUUCCUGUUCCUGUUACACAAGGAAUCAGGGUGUUUGUCGCAUUACCUGAAAAUACAUCCACAGGUGUAAUGUUUGCAUUUCUAACUGAUCUAAAACAGGAAAAGAUUUCAUGUUGGACAAAAGGUGAUAUUUAGUGUGUGUAAAUGUCUGUUUUUAUAUGUUUUUUUUUAUUUCUUUACACUGAUUCUUCGGUUUGCUUUGAAGUUGCCAAAGGUCCUUAAGUCAUGAAAAUAAACGUUAAGCUUCAUAAUCUGCUGAACUAAAAAGGCAAAAAAACGGAGAAAACCAAACAUCAUAAAUGUGUGGCAGGUCUGAAAACCAUGUUGGAGUUCACCUCUAGUCUAAAACUAUAACCAGAUUCAGUUUUACUCUAUAAGGGCCGUUAGCAGGCUCUCUUUCGCUGAACGGACCACAUCUUCACGUUAAAGCAGCUUCUUAGGAGUUUCAUGACUUCCUGCAAGAUCCGAUGUUCUCACUGUUGCUCGUCACGAUUGGCUGUAAUUUUCUUUUUAACUGCACCUGUGUGAGUAUAAAACUUUCUGUUUUUGUUUUUUUUUUUAAAUCAUUGCAUCAUUUUCAAUCACUUCUUUCUUACAGUAACCUGCUGUGUUAGUUUCAUGUUACGAUACACAUUAGUUCCUUUAUUACAAUAGUCAGUGUUGGCAGAUUAAAGUGAUAUUCACUCGC